AUGGUAUCAAGAGGCCCCGACGAAUGGCUAGAGACCAUAAAGAAAUGCCAGGCGCUGACCGAAAACGAAAUGAAACAACUAUGUGAAAUGGUAAAAGAACUUCUGAUGGAGGAAAGUAACAUCCAGCCCGUACAGACCCCCGUCACGGUAUGUGGCGACAUCCACGGGCAAUUCCAUGACCUGCUGGAGCUUUUCCGCACUGCAGGCGGGUUCCCGGACGAUAUAAACUACAUUUUCCUAGGUGAUUACGUGGACCGUGGCUACUACAGUCUGGAGACUUUCACGCUUUUAAUGUGUUUGAAAGUCAAAUACCCGGCCAAGAUUACUCUGGUGAGGGGCAAUCACGAGUCCAGGCAAAUUACCCAAGUGUACGGGUUCUACGAAGAAUGCCUGAAUAAGUACGGGUCCACCACGGUAUGGAAGUACUGUUGUCAAGUAUUUGACUUUCUGACGCUAGCCGCUAUCAUCGACGGCAAGAUCCUAUGUGUCCACGGUGGACUAUCUCCCGAGAUUCGAAUGCUCGAUCAAAUCAGAGUCUUGUCCAGAGCCCAAGAAGUGCCCCACGAGGGCGGGUUCUCGGACCUUCUUUGGUCGGACCCUGACAACGUAGAAGCCUGGCAGGUUUCCCCCCGUGGUGCCGGCUGGCUGUUCGGCAGCAAGGUCGCCAGAGAGUUCAACCACGUCAACGGACUCAACCUGAUCGCCAGGGCGCACCAGCUGGUGAUGGAAGGGUUCAAGUACCACUUCCCUGAAAAGGAUGUCGUCACCGUUUGGUCCGCACCAAACUACUGUUAUAGAUGCGGUAACGUCGCGAGUGUAAUGAAGGUCGACGAGGAUUUGGAACCCACUUUCAAAAUCUUCUCUGCUGUCCCCGAUGACUACAUAAGAGAAUCAACAGCCAACCACAACAACCAAAGAGCCGGCUAUUUCUUGUAA